CCGGCAACCUGCCAGGGCGGCGAUGGCGACGCCGGGGGGGCUUGUGGCUUGGUGUAUGGAGCAGCUCCGUGGAGUCUUCGGGCUAGACGUGGGCGAGGAGCUGGUCCAAUACAUCUUAUCUAUUGAGAAUGAGGAGGAGAUCCGGGAAUACGUUGCUGACCUAGUCCAAGGGACAGAUGGCAAGAAGAGAAAGUUUGUGGAUGAGCUUGUAGCCAGAUGGCAAAGGUCCUGUGAGCUCACAACAUCUGACCCAUUGCCUCUCUAUCGGAAAAAAGAUGAUACGUUAGAAGCUCCUCGGUCAGGAGACCAAGCCAAGAGGGGACGGCGCAAAGGGAGGAACAAGCAGGAAGCACCGGUUCAUAUUGAAACCAAUCAGCUGGUAGAGGAAGUAAAAACUCCGCUUGAUUUAGCCAAGGCCCAGGAGUUAAACAGCGGCAGCGGUUCCUCCAAGAAGAAGGCGAAAUACGUCAGCUUGUACACGAAGGAAGGGCAAGACAAGCUGACUGUCAUGCUCCCUGGGCGCCACUCAUGCGAGUGCCUGGCCCAGAAGCACAAGCUCAUCAACAACUGCCUGACAUGCGGGCGCAUAGUCUGUGAACAAGAGGGCUCUGGGCCUUGCUUAUUUUGCGGCAAUCUGGUGUGCACAAAAGAGGAGCAGGACAUCCUGCAGCGUGAUUCCAACAAAAGCCAGAAGCUGCUGAAGAAACUCCUUGGAGGCACUGAAAAUUCCGGGAAGGUGGAAGACAGCAGCAAGGACUUGCUUCCCCGUCAAGAGGCUCGGCUCAAGGCAGGUCUGGAGAUGGCAGUGAAACACAAGGACAAAUUGCUGGAGUUUGACAAAACAAGUGUGCGCCGCACUCAAGUGAUCGAUGAUGAGUCGGACUACUUUGCGACAGACUCCAACCAGUGGCUGUCAAGGCAGGAGCGGGAGGCACUGGAGAAGAGGGAGAAGGAACUGCGGGAGUUGCGGCACGCCUCUCGGCUCUCCAGGAAGAUCACCAUUGACUUUGCCGGGCGGCAGGUCCUGGACGAGGACAGCAGCUUGGCAGAAUAUCACAGCAAACUGGAUGAAACUAUCGAAGCUCUUCACAGAGGUACCUUGACAAAGCCGAGACGAGGCACUGAAGAGAAAUAUGAUGAGCCAGGAGUCCUGGUGAAUCCAAACCUUCUCCAGCCAGCUCCUGUGUGGGUGGACCAAACUGGCUUGCUCAGCCACAGGAAAAUCAGCCCUUCUACGGAAACCAAGAAUGAGGCCGACUUGGAAAGGAACCGCUUACGGAUUCAAGACCGGGAGAUACAGGAGAUCUCAGACAAUGGCUUGUGCCUCAGCAUGCAUCAGCCGUGGGCCUCACUGCUGGUCAAAGGGAUUAAACGGGUAGAGGGCAGGACUUGGUACACAGCGCUCAGGGGUCGCCUGUGGAUAGCAGCUACCGCCAAAAGACCUUCCCCUCAGGAAAUCUCUGAAGUGGAGGCCAGCUACAAAGUACUGCUUCAGAAAGAUUUGGACUUCCCUAAAGAUUAUCCCUCUGGCUGCCUCCUUGGCUCUGUGGACUUGAUUGACUGCUUGUCACAAGAGCAAUUUCGGGCAGAGUAUCCACAUCUGAGCCAGGAGUCGGCUUCCCCGUUUGUCUUUAUCUGUUCUAAUCCUCAGGAGAUGGUAGUCAAGUUUCCCAUCAAAGGCAAACACAAAAUCUGGAAGCUGGAUUCGAAGAUUCAUCAGGGAGCAAAGAAGGGGUUAAUGAGGCAGAAGGCUGCAGUAUGAGCUCCAGGGCAUGAACCUUGACUCCCCGGCGCCGGCGGCAGAAGACUGGAUCUCAGGCUAGCUACUGAGACUACAGGAGGCCACAGAGGAGAUGCGUGAUAAGAAGGGGUGGGGAUUGCGGAAAACACGGGUGGAUGGGAAGGAAAAGGAGAAAUUGUUCGUAACGCACAGAACAAAAUGAUAAUUAAAGAGAAUGACGAGGGUCUGAGCCAAGGAGUCUCCAAUGGGGCCUUUUGCAAGGUUCUCCCCCCAGUUGGCCCUGCCAGAGCUGUGCCAGGGGUUCCUAUUGUUUCCCCUUGUAUUAAAGCCAAGCGUCCCUUGGCCCCUUGGCAUUGUUUUCCGCUUGGCAUGGUUUCUUGCUGGGGAGUCAGAUUGCACCAUCAGAACGUUCUGCCCAUUAAAGCACCUCGCCAGGGGGCGGGGGGGGGGGCGGGAUGGAUGGAUGGAUGUGCCACCAAAGCCUGAAGUGCGUCUGCUAGAAUCACCUUGCAGAGUUGGGUCAAAGGGCUCACUCCCCAUCGCCCCUUUGAUUAGCUUCCAAGCUAAUGACAGGGUAAGAGGACAGGGGCGGGGCCAACUUUCUGCUUCUCCAGCCAAUCUGUCUGAAAGCACCAUUUUGUUUACUCUUAUAAACAUGCACGCCAAAGCGAACCAGCAGGCUGAGCUGGGUAACUGGUUCCUGUUCAAGUGGGUUGCAUGGGUGUAAAAUCCCACAAACUGCAAGCAAGGUAAAAAUGAUUCCCCCUUGAACCGUUCAUGUCCGGUAUUCUCGCUGCAGUUUUUCCUGUGCACCACACAGCAAAGAAAACCUGCACAGGUUUUCUUUUGAGACAGGCCCUCGCUUCUGCAUAGUCUGACCAUCAGGCCCUGGGGGUCACAGCCGCACUAGCACCUAGACGUAUAGCCUCGUUGACUUUCUCCAGAAGAGCAGGAGCUCAUUCUCCUCUGUGGCCACACGGCCACCAGAUCCUGUUCAUAAGGCCCCUACUUGCAACUUUGCAUAUUAUUCAGGAGGAGGGAAUGCAGAUUAUCUUAUUAUUGUCCAGGGCAUAGCUUAGCUACUGUUCAUCAGGGAAACAGCUGGCUAAGACACAGGACCUGUUCCUAGAUUUCUUAGCUAUUCCCUUGCAGAGUUGCCUCAGACUUGCUUGCAUCCGUGAGUAUUCCUGCAAGACUGUCUGUGGAACGAUCUUCGGUGGGGCAGGGGAGACCGUUGCAUGGAAGAUGCAGAAUGUGUUAUUUGUGCAGUUUUUGUGGCUUGUACGAGAUGGAUUUCCUGUUGGAUGAGACAUAGGAGCAGUGGCUUCCUCGCUUCUUCCCAGCUUUCCUAAAAUCCCCGAAGCACAACUGCACAGACACUUUCAGCUUGCGUUGAAAGGUGUGAUGCUGGCGUGGUAGGAGAGCAAACAGUCUUGUUUCUCGGUGUGUGGUCCAUCCUGUGCACUUGUCCAUCUGCAGGGGUCUCUGUUCUGACUUCUGUCUGGAUUCCUGUUAGAAUCUCAUCUCAUUUGACCUCCUCCUCUUCCACUCUCCUCCUGGCAAUCACACAGCCGUAGCACCUGUGGAGUUUGCCCUCCAUGUCUGUGCCAGAAUCAAUCACCUACGAUGGGCCAUGAGUGGUCACCCAUUGCCCUGGCCUGCUUUGAAUUUCCCUGGGAGUGGAGGAUCAGAGGUUUGGAAAGUUAGUCCCGUAUCCUGCUUCCUUUGCUUGCUUUUCUUUCCAUCCUGCUCCUUAAUCCUGUUACAAAAGUCAAGAUCUCCCCCAAAUGUCUCCUCUGUCCUGUUCCACACCCCAGCGUCUACCUGUUCCUCUUGUUUCCAGGAGACCUUGGUUUGCUUGGAUUUGUCUUGCCCUCCAGUGUGAUCUGACCUCUUGCACUGUGCAGGUGUGAGCUGGAACCACAAGUGACUGGGGGGAAAACCCUCCCAGUUCUCAUGUGCUCUGCUGAAACACUCAGCCUCCUUUGCACCAGAAGUAGUUCAGGUGCUGGUUUUUGAUGCAGAUAGGGAGCUGCUCAGAGCGUAAAUCGAGCCCUUUGACACAGCAAGAAGGGAAGGGCCAGCCGUGUCCCCUCCUAACUUGUUCGAAAAUCAAUAUGGAUGACUUCCCCUUUUGGUCUCCUUCCCUCUCCUUUGUUUUUGCAGGUUCCUCUCAGCAAAUGAUACAGUCUUUUGGUUAACCAUGUGCAACAAAGCUUUUGCACGCCACUUUUGUGCAUUCCAAUGGCUCUACCUGGAUGGCUGGAAUUCCAGCUGCUUGCACCAAACCAAGGGCUUGCAUGAGCACAGUAGAACUUUACUUUUUUUAAAAAAAAGUUAAAUCCCAAACCCCCUGCUUCUUAAACUCUUCUCAGCUUCAAACCCAGUUUGCAGUGUGGUGGAGGGGAAGGCUGCCGUUGAAAGUAGAAAAAAAGGGAAAGAAGUCUGAAGCCUCGAGGCUCAUGAAACCGGUUUCGCAGAUUUGGAGGGGGGGGGGAUUCUAGCCAGGAAAUGGAAGACAAUCUGACUCUGCCCCAGUGCUGCUUGUCUGUGUGUAGCUCCCCUACCUUCCAGCUCUCUGAACUCGCCUGGAUAAGGCUCUGUGCAGCAGCCACUCUCAUCUUCCUUCCUUCUACAACUUAACACCAUACUUCCCUGUGACAUCUGGGGGUUAGCCAGCCUCCCCUCCCAGGCAUGCCCCUGGCCCUUCCAAGUCUGUGCUAUCAUUUAUCCAGCCGAUGAUGUUUUUCAGAGUUCUGCCUGGGGGCUCUCGAGUCAAAGACUCUCCCCUGCCGUUGUCAAUUGGCUGUGCUGCUUUUUUGUUUGCUUGUAUGUUAUUUCCCUCCUGGACCCUGCUUGAAGCCUUGUAUAAUAGGAGGAGAAGGCUGGGACACCACUUGGGGUUGCAGCAAAUAAGUAUCUGGCUUUUUUACAUCCAUCACAAUCUCCAGGAAUGUCUCCGCAACGUGUCUCAGCUGAGAUCAGGGCAAGAGGAUCCCUUUCCUCUAACCGCAGGAGGGAAGACAGGAAACAGAGGAGGGAUGGGAAUGUUUGAACGUAGGAUGAUGGGGCAGGCGAAAGAGAGGCAGCCAGGUGUCAUCUGUCUCUUUUUCGGGUUCCCUAAGCAUUAAUGCCAUUUAAUUCCACCUGCAUUUAAAGGUUUUUUUUUUUAAUCCUCCAAAGCAGCAGAUCUGGCUCAGAACUCAGUCCAGGUUUUGAAGCACGAGAAUGCUUUCUUAUUUUCACUUCCCCCGUACUGCAGUAGAAAAGAGCCUCUUUGGCAACGGGGCUUGGAUUUCCAUCUUCCCUGCUGCCCAACCUUGACAUAGCCUCAGCUUCAUCUGUGUAAUAUCAAAGCUCCCAGCUGGAUUGGUUUUUCAGAGCAGGUAGGCGGGGCUUCAGUUCUUAGUAAAGGGGGGGACAUUAAAAGGGAAGACAAAAGAAAUACAAGGUGGGAAUCUGUGCCUGGCCUUAUCUCCUGGGGGGGGUGGCUUUUGUCAGGCUUCUAUGACAAAUUCACCACAGCUAGCCUGGGGGCUUGUGGAGGGGAGAAAGCCAAACUCUUCUCAGCAAAAAUGUCUGAUUUUUCUCCUAGAUUAGCAAAUGAUGGGGGUGAGGGGAAUAUCGCGUUUCAAUUUGUAUUUCUC